AUGUUCCACAAUUCUUCAAUGAAUUUGAACAAGGAUAUAAAAUUAUCGUUUUCAAUUCCUUCUAUUCUUCAGAGAGAUAGACCAACCCACUUACAAAGCAUUGUUGUCGUUAAUUUCUGCUUUGCAAGUGAUUUGUCCAAUGAUUUGUUCUUGGAUUUCGGAUCAAACAUCGAAGACGUUUUCGGACAGUACACAAGCUUCUUUAUGUUCGAAAAACAACGAUUCGCCUUCUACGUUUUGUUCCACGAUGACAAAGAUUUGAGACAACCUUCAAGAGACGCUGUUGCGUUCAGUUUAUUGGCCAGGGAUAUCGCAAAACUCAAUAAAAUUGAUGUAAAGAUUGCGAUUUCCAUAGAAAGAGAAGUUACAGCCAAAGCCGAAAAAAUUGACAUGAUAUGGAGCGUAAAUUUCCCCAAUUCUAUACUUUGGAGAACAGACGCGAUGCUUAGAUACGCCGACUGGGGCAAAAUCGCCUGUUUUUCAAAGCUAACUUCAGGAAUUCACUACUCAAAGUAUAUUACUUUAGGAAAGUUUAACGAACAGUCGGAAAUAGUUAUAUUAUAA